UCCUGUUUUGCUUACCGCGUGUCGUCAUGUAUGUCAUGCUACAUUACAUUGUCAUUCCUCAUUCUCGCUCUGAGCUGUGUGUGUGUUGUCAUGAAUACAAGCUCAGAAGAUCGUAUCAGCUGUAAUGUGUGUAGGAUUUCUAAUAAAAACGGUAUCACUUUUGGUGAGGACUGCUCUUCUGGGGUGAACCUUUUGUGUGUUUAUGUCAAUGUGACGGGUGGAAACUCUACGGACAACACUAUGGGUCAAGACAGAGGAAAAUACGAUUUUUAUAUAGGCCUCGGAUUAGCCAUAAGUUCCAGUAUAUUUAUUGGGGGUAGUUUUAUUUUAAAGAAAAAAGGACUGCUUCGACUGGCCAGAAAGGGCUCUAUGCGAGCAGGCCAAGGUGGUCACGCAUACUUGAAAGAAUGGCUGUGGUGGGCUGGCCUUUUAUCAAUGGGGGCCGGUGAAGGUGCCAAUUUUGCUGCAUACGCCUUUGCUCCCGCCACUCUUGUGACUCCUCUCGGCGCUCUCAGCGUAUUAGUGAGUGCGGUCUUGUCAUCGUAUUUCCUGACGGAGAGGUUGAACCUGCACGGGAAGCUUGGUUGUCUGCUUAGUAUUCUGGGUUCUACUACCAUGGUGAUACAUGCACCUAAAGAGGAGGAGAUCGACAGCCUGAAAGACAUGGCCAAAAAACUGGUCGAUCCAGGCUUUGUGGUGUUUGCAACAGUUGUCAUUAUCGUAGCUCUCAUUUUCAUCUUCGUAGUGGGCCCGCGCCACGGCCAGACCAACAUUUUGGUUUACAUCACUAUAUGCUCUGUGAUCGGCGCCCUUUCGGUUUCCUGCGUGAAGGGAUUGGGCAUCACAAUUAAGGAGGCCAUCGCCGGGAAGCCAGUUGUGGGAAACCCUUUGGCCUGGUUGCUGCUGCUGAGCCUGAUAGCUUGUGUUAGUACACAGAUCAACUACUUAAACAAAGCACUGGACAUCUUUAACACAUCUUUAGUGACGCCCAUCUACUACGUGUUCUUCACCACCUCUGUACUGACUUGCUCUGCCAUACUGUUCAAAGAAUGGGAACACAUGGGCGCAGGUGACAUUAUCGGCACGUUGAGCGGUUUCCUCACUAUUAUCGUGGGCAUAUUCCUACUGCACGCCUUUAAGGACGUUAACAUCAGCUUGGCGACACUCGCAGUGUCCAUUAGGAAGGAAGACAAAAACGGCCCUGUUUUAAACGGCAUGGCAGCUCACAACCACUCCGGUUACGAGCUGCUACGGGAAGAAAACGCUGAGGACAUUGGCGACAGAGAGAUGGGAUUGCCAUUUGACAGUAUCUCUAGAAGAAAUGGUACUAUGGCAGCCUCUUAGGGUCAAAAAGGAUCCAGCGUGCAGCAGUUUAUGAAAGUUAAAUAAAAUGUUUUUUUUUUUGCUGCUGUUUGGACAUCUCGAAUUGUUUGAUAAAACCUAAGACAAUCAACUCUUGAGGCAAAAAAAGGACCAAUCGAUUGUACUAAGAGUUAUUGUUUUAUUCGCCUUACUUUGGUUCAGACACGAGUACACGUAAAGGGUUCAUCUCAUUCCUCAUGUAGCACUGUACAUACAGCCCUGUACAUUUUUAAGAGACUUUUGUUAUAUUUUAUGUACAGAUAUCUGCCUUUACAUGCACCAAAAUUGUCUUAGACUUUAUAAUAAAGACAUAACCGGAACACCACCUUAUAUAAACCUAUCAACAGUGCAUUUAGAUUAUUUUUAAGAAAAACACCACCGUUUUUCAAUAUUUUACUUUGUUCUUACCUUAACUUAGAUGAAUUAAUACAGCCCUAUCUUUUUUCAAUGCGUGCACUUAAUCUUUGUACAGCGCGUUUGUAAAUGUGUUAGCAUUUAGCCUAGCCCCAUUCAUUCCUAAGGAUCCAUAGGGAUGUUUUCCCUUUUUAAAGACUAAGUACUAAGUAUGUAUGGUGGCGCAAAAUAAAACAUGGUGAUUUUUUGAGCGUUUGGUAAUUUUUUUUAAGCAUGGUGAUUUUUUUUAAGUGUUUGGUGGCUUCUUAAUUCAUCCCUGUUUGGAUCCUAAGGAAUGAAUGGGGCUAGGCUAAAUGCUAACACAUUCACGAUGCGCUGUGGAAAGAUGAGGUGCAUGCUUUGAAAACAGAUAGGGAUGUAUUAAAUCAUCUAAGUUGAGGUAAAAACAUAGUAAAAUAUUGAAAAAAGGUGGUGUUUUCCUUUAAAUUAUAGUUCACCAAAUUUUUUCGUGGGUGAUCUCUAACCUGUUUAGAGAAUGUUGAAGAAUGACUCUUAAUCCUGUAUUUGAUACAUAUUUAUUUAAUUAAAGUUUGAUUACAUGAUUCAAAUACAAAA